AUGGCUCGCCUCCAAUCUGCUUAUAAACCGUCAACUUCCAUGAAAUCCUUGAAGAAGAACUCUCCAAUCGCCGAUGCUGAGAGCGCCGUUGCUGCAUCUGUCACUGUUGUGACUGAGGAGAAUGCUAUUCUGAAAGUCACGGAGGUUGUAGACGAAAGUCUGGAGGUACUGGUUAAUCCUAUUCCCGAGUUAUCUAUGGCUGCGCUGCAGCUCCAGAAGACCAAUGAAGAUAUUACUCCCACUUCUGGUGAGGAGGAAGGUGUUGGUUGCUCCACACAUAAAUGCUCUGUUUUGGAAACUGAGAAAGUACCUUCACCGGUGCUACUUGAGUGUGCCAAAGAGACGAAGACAUAUGCUAGCCUUCUGAAAGUUUCAGCUGAGCUAGGGGAAGUGGGUACUCCGAUUGAACACGUGUCUGGAGCCCCUUUUGUGUUAAUUCCGGAUGAGAAUAUAGCGGCUGCCAAGAAGGAGUUCAAAGAGUUCAUCUACGCUAGAUUCCAUGGUGAUUGGCCAUCAAUGGGUCGUAUCAUUGGUGUGGUUAACGCUCUAUGGGCAAGAACCGGCCCGAGAAUCUUUGUUCAUAAUGUGGCGAAGGAGAGAUUCCCAAUGUUUGUUGUUCCUUGGUCUCCGGACUUCACUCCGUAUGAAGCUCCGAUAACACAAGCAGUGGUUCCUGUCGAACUCAGGAAUGUUCCGUACCUGUUGUUCAACAAGGAAAAGCGCAAAGAAAAGUUCAAAGUCGCAAAGCUUUACGUUAGAGUGGACCUUACCAAGCCAUUACCGAGGAAGAUCAUAUCUGGGUUCUCCAACGGUAAGGAGACAAUGAUAGAGGUGACAUAUCCUUGGCUACCUAUGAAAUGCGAGUUAUGCAAGAAGUAUGGCCAUCUGCAGGAUAAGUGCAAAUCGCAUGCGGCUAAGGAGGCUUCGAGGAGGAGGUCUGUUAGUCCUGCUAGAAACAAGCAUCGGAGCAGAACUAGACAGGGCCACCAGAGGACUCCUUCAAACUCCUUGGCUCCUCCUAAAUCCUUGUCACCUCCAGCCUCUGAGUGUGAGAUAGAAGUAGAAGAAGUGGAGAUUGUCAAAGAUACCCAUACACGUGAGUCUCCAGAGGAAGCUUCUAAUUCUCCUACCAGUGUGAAGGAGAUGGGUGCUUGCGUUUCUGAUGAUGUUGUCAUCAAAGAGAAAGAGGAUGUCAACAGUUGUAUAGACACGUCUCAGAAUAAUGCUUUGCUGGAUUUACAGUCUGAUAACCCAGGGAAUCAGCAGUUAAAGCGAGAAGUAAACAGGUCGGGGCAGUUAAGAGGACUGAACGGUAAUAGACGCCACACUUUUGUUAAAGAUUGGAUUACAACUCAUAGACCCUUUUUUGGUGCUUUCCUUGAGACGCAUAUUCAGAGUACUAACGUGGCAAGGAUAAGUAAUGCUAUUCCAGUGGGUUGGAAAUUUUUUGGGAAUUAUGAGCAUCAUAAUGCUGGACGGAUUGUAGUUGUUUGGGACCCCUCGGUCUCGGUUUUUAUCUAUAAGGCUACAGAGCAAACAGUUACUUGCGGGAUAUAUAUUAUGGCGGAGGAUGUGAAUCUCACCAUCACUUUUGUAUACGGUCUUAAUGGCGUUGGAGAGAGGCAGGGGCUUUGGAACGAUUUGGCUCACAUAAACGGCACGUCUUCUAUGCGUCUAUCUCCCUGGGCUGUUGUGGGUGAUUUUAAUCAAAUUCUUAGGCUAGCUCAUCACUCGGGUUAUCCUCUAAGAGCUGUUGAUGAUACUGGAAUGGAGGACAUGAACUUGGCAUUGCAAGAUGCAGAGCUUUUUGAGGCGCCGAUGAAUGAGGUUCCUUUCACUUGGAUGAAUAAUAAUGAUGCUGACCCUGUCUCUAAAAGAAUAGAUCACGCCCUUAUCAAUCAGGUCUGGGCUUCUCGUUUCCCUGAGGCUUAUGCUGACUUUACGGAACCAGGGCAGUCUGAUCAUGCGGCUUGUAACUUCAAGAUUCCUUCUCUCAGGAGAUACUCUAGGAAGCCGUUUAAGUUCUUUCAUCAUAUCAUCGAUCACCCUGAUUAUGCUUCAGUUGUAGCUUCAGCGUGGAACCCGGGGGCGAUCGCAGGCUCCAUUCAGUAUAAACUAGUCAUGUCGAUGAAAUUGUUGAAGAAGGAGCUGAGAAAUAUUAAUACACGUCACUUCAGUGGCAUCUUUACGAGGGUGAAAGAUCAAACUAGCAAAGUGGAGGCACUGCAAAGAGCUCUUCUCACUGACCCUGACGUAGCCACUGCAGUGGAAGAGCACAGGGAAAGAGACAAGCUCAAUGUGCUAUUAAAUGCAGAGCAAAAAUUCUACAGACAGAGAGACGAGAACAGCGCCUUCUUGGGUACGGUGGCUGGCAUAAAGGCUCACGCAGCAGAGUACUUUAAAAAUAUACUAGGAGAGACUGAGAUGACUGUUUCUCCAACAACAGUGGAAUCGCUCAAGGAGCUGUUGCCAUUUAGGUGUGCUGAUAUCCAGCAGGCCUACUUAAAGCGUCAAGUACUUGCUGUGGAUAUUAAAGGAACAAUUGACUCUAUGCCCCAGAAUAAAAGUCCAGGCCCGGAUGGGUAUUGCGUGGAGUUCCUGAGGGCUUCGUGGGACACAGUGGGUGCAGAAGUAAUUGCAGCAAUUGAGGAAUUCUUUCGUAAUGGUAGGCUUCUGAAGGACCUGAACACCACCACCAUCGUCCUCAUUCCCAAGACCGACACAGCUAGUAACCUCAGUGAGUACAUGCCUAUCAGCUGCUGUAGGAGCCUUGGGGAGAAUGUGCUGCUCGCUUCUGAACUGAUAAGAAAAUAUAGAUCUUCGUCUUGUCCUCGGAGCUGCAUGCUGAAGGUGGAUAUAAGGAAGGCAUUUGAUAUGCUAUCCUGGGAUUUUGUGAUUAAGUCUCUGGAGGCGCAAGAUUUUCCUCCUUUAUUUGUUACCUGGAUUAAGGAAUGUAUCACAUCUCUAAGGUUUUCGGUGGCAAUUAAUGGUGAACUAGCAGGAUUCUUUCCGAGUAAAAAAGGGCUUCGCCAGGGAGACUCAAUCUCGCCUUAUCUGUUUAUCAUGGCCAUGGAAACCUUAACGCAGUUACUGGAAAAUGAUGUUUCUGCAGGCGAGAUCCGACUGCAUCCUCACUGUCAUGAUCCAAGAAUUACACAUCUCCUCUUUGCUGACGAUUUAUUAAUAUUCUCAGAUGGAUCAAGACACUCUCUCACGGGUAUUCGGAAAGUCCUCUCGGUUUUCAAGGAAUGGACAGGAUUGGAUAUGAAUGCAUCUAAAUCUGAGAUUUUCUUUGGAGGAUACUCUGAUAUAGAGUGCUCGGUUUUGAGUGAUUUGUCGGGAAUUAAGCUUGGAACCUUUCCCACCAGGUACUUGGGGUUGCCUCUUAAUCCUAGCAGGAUAAGUCUUGCUACGUUACAGCCUUUUCUCGAAAGAAUAACAUCUAAGCUGCACUCCUGGACUGUUAAGAAUCUUUCUUUCGCUGGUAAGGUCAGACUGGUGGCUUCAGUCAUUUACGGUAUGGUUAAUUUCUGGAGCUCCGUUUUUGUUCUGCCUCAAGGUUUCUAUGAGAAAGUGGAUUCCCUGUGUUCUGCUUUUCUCUGGAAAAACAGGACAUCUGCCGGAACUGGAGCAAGAGUAAGUUGGGAACAUAUUUGCAAACCAAAGAAGGAGGCAGGGCUUGGCUUGAGAAGACUUCAGGAAUUUGAAAAGGUGUUUGCUCUAAAAAGGGUGUGGAAUAUAUUCUCUGACUCGGGUUCCUUGUGGGUGGCCUGGCUCAAGUCUAAUAUCUUUGCUAGGUGCUUAUACUGGUCUAUCUCAGAUUCUCAACGAUUAUCACCCACGGUGAGAAGCAUGAUUCGGAUCAAAGACACAGUGGAUGUGUUUCUUAGAUGCUCUAUUGGGGACGACAGAGCAGCAAGCUUCUAG